UUAUGUAAUCUCAUGCAAAAUAAGUGGUUGCACUAAUGAAUCAAUUACCUAAGAAGGAUGAAUUGAAAUUCUUAGAAAAACAACCUGGAAAUAAAAAGUUUAUAAAUGAAACUAACAAAGUGUUUAUCUCAGUAAUUAAUGGACUACGAUCUUUGGUUGGAGAUGUUUAAAUAAAUUAAACAACUAUUCCAUUUAAAGUAAUGUUUAAUAAGUAUUUAGUAAAUAGAAGAAACAUUAGAUCAAUUUUUAGAAAAUGCAGCUAUACAAUUUGAUAAAAUGAAUAAAUUAAGUGUAGCUCCAAAACAACCUUAAGUUUAAAAAUCAAACUAGCCUAAACCAAAAGAUAUUUAUGGAUUUGCUGAUGUUAUUUAACUAAAUAAAUUACCAUUCAUUCCUGUUUUAAAAUGCAAAUAAUAUGCUUAAACAGAAUUAGAUUAAAAAAUAAUAGAAGCUUAAAAUAAUCCAUAUUAAUUUUUUGAAAAAAAUGGAAUUGAUGAAUUUACUCAUCCAUAUUAUGAAGAAAUAAUGAGAUUAACACCAUAAGACUUUGUACUUGAUGUACCAUCUAAAAUAAAUAGAUUUAGAGAUUUAGAACCACCUAUAAUGAUUAGGAAUGCUGAUCAAUUAGGUGAACUAAUCCUAAAGAUAUAAUAAGAAGUAGAUUAGAAUGGUUAUAGUGAAAUAGCAGUAGAUUUAGAACAUAAUCAUUAAAUAUCUUAUUUAGGGAUUACAUGUUUAAUUCAAUUGAGCACAAGAACCUAAGAUUAUAUUAUAGAUCCUUUUCCAUUAUGGAAAUAACUUGGAGAUAUGUUAAGUGCUGUGUUUUCAAAUCCUAAAAUUGUGAAGGUUUUUCAUGGAGCUGAGAAUGAUGUUUAAUGGCUUUAAAGAGAUUUCGGUUUAUAUAUUGUUAACUUAUUUGAUACUUUUCAUGCAUCUAAGGAAUUAUAACUUAUGUAAAACUCAUUUUAAUUUCUCCUUUCAGAAUAUUGUAAAAAGUCUACAGAUAAAACCUAUUAAACUGCUGAUUGGACUCAAAGACCCUUAUCGGAUGAAAUGGUUAAAUAUGCAUAGAUUGACACUCAUUAUCUAUUAUACAUUUAUGAUAGAAUGAGAUAAGAUCUUAAAAAAUUAAAUAAACCAAAUGAAAAUUUAAACAAUGUACCUAAUUAUUAUAUUGAAUGUGUAUUAAAAAGAAGUAAAGAAACAUCACUUAAAAUUUACAAAAAACCUUUAUAAGACUAAGAUUAAUCUUUAUAAAUCAUUCUUAAUAAAUAAGAUAGGAGAAUUGAUUCAAAAAGCUUUGAUUUAAUGGUCAAAUUGUUAGAGUUAAGAGAAGAAUUAGGAAUUUAAUAUGAUCAAAAUCCAAGAUAUUUUUUACCAAAUCCAUUUUUAUUUAAAUUAGUUGAAUCAAAACCAACUUCCAUUUAAGAAUUAAAAAGCCAAUUAGGAGGUGAGAAAAAUAUUCAUGAUAUUAUUAAAGAAAAUCUUUGGUAAUUUUUAAAAGUUUUAUUGGAAUUUGACGAAAAAGUUCCAACAGUUGAAGUUAUGUAAUAAGAACAAUAGAAUACAACAUAAAUAUAGAUUGAAGAAAUUCAACCAAGUAUAUAAGUGGAACCAUUAAAAAUUAUCUAGAUUUCAGUCAAUCUUUAAAAAUUUUAAAAUCAAAAUACAAAAAUUGUUUAGCAUUCAUUUUAAAAUGAAAAUAUUGAAUUAAUAAAAGACCAAUUUUAAUGUGAAUCGCCAUUUAAAUUGCUCAAUGUAUUUUAUGAUGGUUUAGGAACAUAAAUAUUUUAAUCAAUGAAAGAAUAAAGUUAACAAUAAAAGUAAUUAGUUGAAGAAGUAGAACAAUAAAAAAUUUAAAAAAUAAAUACAUCUGAUUUCAUAUAACUUCCUAAAUUAGAGGAAACUAAUCGAGAUUAAUCAAAAGAGCUUGAUAUUAGAUUAAAUAAUACAUUAUAAAAUUAGCAUGGAACUAAAAUUUUAAAAAGACAUUAAAAAAUAGAAUAACAGAGAACUUAAAAAUCUAACAUUAGUAACAGAUUUGAAAUAUUAUGAUA